AUGCUACCUGUUAGACAUGAAAUUCACUGUCUGGCUGCCUGUAAGCCUUCAGUUCCAAUCCCCGUUUACGUCAUAUUCGAGCAUUUUAAACCGGUGAUUUUCAUGCCCAGACAUCUUUCUCUCUGGCUCGAGGCUCAGUUUUCCUCCUCAUCUCUUCCCCAUUCUCUCGUAUUCUUUAGAGCUUUGUGUCUGGCUCUUUUUCGAAUCACGGGUGGGAAGAUGGAUCGCCUCCCUUCUACACUCCUGAAUCGCGUAAAGUACACUCAUUUUGUCUCAAGUUGA